GCCAUUACGAGGAUGGACCGACAGCAGCAGGUGCGGGUCCAUCUGAAGCGACUUCUAGACAUUCCGUCAGACACGGGGCUACUGGGCUCAAACUCGUGUGACCCGUACGUUGUGAUGGAGAUUCAUGGCGUCCACAAGACACCGCGGCCGCACGUGAGCAAGGUCGUGCCGUUCACGGUCAACCCGACAUGGAAUGCCGAGAUGUACGUUGUGACCAUGCUCGAGACGGAGCGCGAGCGGUGUAUCCUGCAUGUAUCAGUGUUCGACCACAACGACAUUCUCCCUGACGAGUUGGUCGGCGAAGUACAUAUCCACUUGGGGGACCUACCCACUGGCAUCCACAACCACGUCUCGCGCCUGUUUCCCAUCACCACGUCGAGCAGCCGACGCCGCCGCCGAGCGACUCCAUCCAGCACCCCUUGCCCCCAAGUUGAGCUUGCGUUCGAUAUCAUCACACAGUCCGUCAAGGACGACACGAUCCAGCUCGAGGCGUGGGAACACCAACGAUAUUCCAUCGUCCGGCGCGAAUGGUCGAAAGAUUUCUUGCGUUUGCCCCCCAUGGACCCAUAUCCUUGGACAUCCACCGACAACCAGCUCCCCAUUGGCGGCUUCCACAUGUCCGACACCACCGCUGCCACCCCCACGGGGUUUGUGUCGCGCGUCGGAUGGGUAUACGACGUCCGUCUCGGCGACGACAAUGGGUGGCAGUACGCUCGAUGCUUCAAUGGACCCUGGCGUCGUCAAGACAGCUUCACCAUGCAAGUUCGCAAACGCCUUUGGAUCAACUUUUGCACGAAAGUGCCGUCGCCGUCAUUCGUUCGGACCGUUCCUGUAAAUGCUGCAGCGGCAGACAGCUCCUAAAUAAG